AAAACCUAAUCUCACCCUCAUUUCUCACCUGCCUUUAGUCUCACAGCUUAUCCAAACCCUAGCUUUCUUUCUUCAACGAAAAAGCUGUUUUUAGAUUACUGGAAGUAAAUGGCUUCAACUUUGACAACAAUGUCGUCUGUUGGUUCAGUGGCUGCUACAUGUAGCCGUGCCACCACAGACAAGAAGCUUUCAAGCUCUUCACAGAUAUCUAGAGUGUCUUUUGCUGGAAGAGGACAGAAUGUGGUCUUGCAAAGAAGAUGUUCAUCAAAGAUUAGGGCAGCCAAAGAGCUGUAUUUUAACAAGGACGGGUCAGCCAUUAAGAAGCUGCAAGCUGGUGUUAACAAACUUGCAGAUCUUGUUGGAGUUACUCUUGGUCCCAAGGGUAGGAAUGUAGUUUUGGAAAGCAAGUACGGCUCCCCCAAGAUUGUGAAUGAUGGAGUGACUGUGGCCAAAGAGGUCGAGUUGGAAGAUCCAGUUGAAAACAUCGGUGCUAAAUUGGUGAGACAAGCUGCUGCUAAGACUAAUGACUUAGCUGGGGAUGGUACAACUACAUCUGUUGUUCUAGCCCAAGGUUUGAUUGCUGAAGGAGUCAAGGUGGUAGCUGCUGGUGCUAACCCUGUUCAAAUUACACGUGGUAUUGAGAAGACAACAAAAGCUUUGGUUGCUGAGCUUAAACUAAUGUCGAAAGAGGUUGAGGACAGUGAGCUUGCAGACGUGGCUGCUGUUAGUGCAGGAAACAACCUAGAAGUUGGACAGAUGAUUGCUGAAGCAAUGAGUAGAGUAGGGAGGAAAGGUGUGGUGACACUUGAAGAAGGAAAGAGCUCUGAGAACUUCCUCUAUGUUGUAGAGGGCAUGCAAUUCGACCGUGGUUAUAUUUCCCCAUACUUCGUUACGGACAGUGAGAAAAUGACAGUUGAAUUUGAGAACUGCAAGUUACUUCUUGUUGACAAAAAGAUCUCAAAUGCUAGGGAUCUUAUCGGAGUCCUGGAAGAGGCUAUUAGAGGAGGAUACCCUAUCUUGAUUAUUGCUGAAGACAUAGAACAGGAAGCUCUUGCAACUCUUGUCGUAAAUAAGCUCAGGGGUGCGUUAAAGAUUGCUGCACUUAAAGCUCCUGGAUUUGGAGAACGCAAGAGCCAGUACCUUGAUGACAUCGCUAUCUUGACUGGAGCAACUGUUAUCAGAGAAGAAGUUGGGCUAUCCCUAGACAAAGCUGACAGUGAAGUCCUUGGACAUGCUUCCAAGGUCGUGCUAACAAAAGAAACCACUACAAUUGUGGGUGAUGGAAGCACUCAGGAUGCAGUUGAUAAGCGUGUUGCCCAAAUCAGAAACCUAAUUGAGGUUGCUGAACAGGAUUAUGAAAAAGAAAAGCUGAACGAGAGAGUUGCAAAGCUCUCUGGUGGUGUUGCUGUUAUUCAAGUUGGAGCUCAAACUGAAACCGAGCUGAAGGAAAAGAAACUGAGAGUUGAAGAUGCUCUGAAUGCAACAAAGGCUGCUGUGGAGGAAGGAAUCGUAGUAGGUGGUGGUUGCACCCUAUUGAGACUGGCCUCAAAGGUUGAUGCCAUAAAGCUAACUCUUGAUAACGACGAGCAGAAGGUAGGAGCUGAGAUCGUUAGAAGGGCUUUGUGUUAUCCACUUAAGUUAAUUGCCAAAAAUGCUGGUGACAACGGAAGUGUGGUGAUGGAGAAGGUGCUCUCCAAUGACAAUUACAAAUUUGGUUACAACGCUGCAACUGGCAAAUACGAGGAUUUGAUGGCUGCUGGAAUUAUUGACCCUACUAAGGUUGUGAGAUGUUGCUUGGAGCACGCAGCUUCAGUAGCAAGGACCUUCCUAACUUCAGAUGUUGUGGUUGUUGACAUUAAAGAGCCCGAAGCAGCUAUGGUUAACCCUAUGGAUAACUCAGGAUAUGGUUACUAAGGCGCAAGACUGGUCUUUUUUCCUGUAAAUUUAUUACGGGGCAUGGUAGGACGAUUGAAUAAUAUUUUGUUAGAAAUUAGAGCAAGUUUUGCUAGAAGAACCCGGCAUUUAACUGAUAAUAGACUUACUCAAAAGAUUGUAUGGUUGCUAAUUUUUUGAGUUUGAUUCGAGUGAAGUGAAAUAUUAAGUGCGUCUCCAAAAUAUUCUCUUAGCUUUUAGUAAUGUUCUCAAUUUUUAUGAAACUCAGGACUGGAAUGGUAUCAAUUCAUGUACGAGUAAAAAUAAUUCUAAUACUGCACCGGGGUUUGUCAUUUCA